GAUCCCCCACCAUCACCAGCAUUUCCAGUGUUUGCCCACUAACGUCACCCACCAAUCCAUGGUAGAGGGUCAGGUUAGACUGGCCACUUGAUCUGCCUUUGAUUCUGGAACCUUAGAUCUCGACCACUUUUGAACGCUGUCUUCAGCUCCCUCAACCUCCCCAUACUCCAGACAACAACCAUACCCUUCCUAAUCCCUCCCACCCCGAGUCCUUGAGCGCGCAGAAAUACACACGUAUACGCUUCAACUUUCACCUGACAGGAGAUUCUUCAACAUCGUGCACACUUCUCAACAUGGCUGACUCCCUCACCGAAGAACAAGUCUCUGAGUUCAAGGAGGCGUUUUCCCUCUUCGACAAAGAUGGUGAUGGCCAGAUCACAACUAAAGAGCUGGGAACCGUCAUGAGAUCUCUGGGCCAGAAUCCCUCCGAGUCCGAGCUACAAGACAUGAUAAAUGAGGUAGACGCAGACAACAACGGCACAAUUGACUUCCCGGAGUUUCUCACAAUGAUGGCCCGCAAGAUGAAGGACACGGAUUCCGAAGAAGAGAUCCGAGAAGCGUUCAAAGUCUUUGAUCGUGACAACAACGGAUUUAUCUCUGCCGCCGAGUUGCGCCACGUCAUGACUUCAAUUGGUGAGAAGCUCACGGACGAUGAAGUGGACGAGAUGAUCAGAGAGGCCGACCAGGAUGGCGAUGGCCGAAUCGACUACAACGAGUUUGUACAACUGAUGAUGCAGAAAUGAGGAGACAAAUGCAUCGCGGCCGGGUCAUACCUAGAGCAGUGUCAAUAGUUUUUCCUCUGGGUUCAAGGCGAGGGGGGAAGCUGAAUCUAUGACUUCUCUAUACCCAACAUCCACCGAAGUUCUUAUUUCUCAUACUAUAGAGACAGACAAUUGCAGUUACUGAUGGGCUGAUAAAUCUCGUCAUCAGUCGAAAAACGUCGAGUCUAUCAAGCAGGCGCCGUUUUCAAUUGAUUCAUUCAAAAUUCGAAGA